GAAGUCGAUUCAAUCAUCGCGAGUCCGUUGUCAAGUUGACACCACAUACGUGAGAUAGAAGAACCGCUGACAUGAAAUAUCUGAAUUUGAGUUCGGGCGGUCACAUGCCGAUAGUCGGCUACGGUACGUGGAAUGUGAGUACCUAUUUAGAGAGAAACGUAGUAAACAAUAAUUAUUUAUCAUGGUAUAAGGUGUCUCACGAAGAUAUAACCAUAUUAAAUAUCUCCUGAAGUAAUAAAGAUAAUCAAAUUAAUUUUUUUUUAUAUAUAUAUAUUCAUAUUACUCACAAGGAUAAGGACUACAAUUAAUAUUUAUAUUUGAAUUAUAUUUAUAUGGCUUGGUAAAAAAAACUAAAAAAAUACCUAUAUUUUAUUAUUUUUGAAAAAAUAUGAGGAUAGUCAUUUUUAAUAGUUUUUUAAAGUUCAGUGAAAAGAGUAUACAAUUAAUAUUAACUAUAACAAUAAAAAUCUUAAAUUAAUUAUUAUUCCAAUAAUCUGAAAUUAAGCGGCAGGCUGUAAUCGCAUUCGCUAUUUGACUAUUAUUAUUAUUAUUGCAUAUGUAUAAUAUGUGUGGCUUCUUCUUUUCCAUAGCCUUCGUCUCCGCUAUAUGAGGUGGGCUACUUUAUACGUUUAAAUUUUCAAAAAAUUUAAAAGAGGUUGCCAAUUUUCCAAAAUAAAUAUUUGUAAUUUGUAUAUUUAUUUACUUAUGUAGAUAUAUUUGUAGAUAAAAUCAUUUGACUAAACGCAGAAAUAUCUGAAAAAAGGACACGAUUCUUAUUAUAAUUUAAACUUAGUAAUCAAAAAAAAAAAUGAAUAGACAAAUUAUCAUUAUAUAUUACCCUAGAUACCAGGACAGCACAGAUAUUGCACCACAAUACUUAAUAAUAGUUUUUUUUUCAUCCAUACUAACAAGAUAACCCAUAAGUCAACAAAAAUGAUUAGGUUUUUGUAAUGAAAAUACCUUAAAAUCGAUUUUUAGGGAAUGGUAUAUUUUCUAUAGCCAUAAAACUUUUCCAGAUAACGUGGAACAUUUUGCAAAAAAAUCGCGUAAAAAUCGCUUUAGUAGUUUUUGAGUCUAUUAAUCGGACCUACAGACAUCCAUUUAUAUCCAUACAUAAAUUAUGUUUAUAGGCUUUGGACAGUGACUUAGAAAACGCGUUGAACGAGGCUCUGAAAUGCGGUUACAGGCACAUUGACACGGCGACUAUGUACUGUAACGAACACGUCAUAGGAAAAGUUUUGAAUGAGUGGAUAACAUCGGGCCGAGUAACCAGGAAUGAACUGUUUGUCGUCACUAAGGUAUAAUCGGUAUUUUAUAUACAGAUAGGUAAAUAGUAAUAAAUCACUUUGGUGCUUUAUAGCUUCCGCCCAGUUCGAAUAGACCUGAAGACGUAGAAGAAUGUUUGGCAAAGUCGUUGCAAGAUUUACAACUGGACUACGUCGACCUGUACUUAAUACAUAUUCCAUUCACUAUGUCCGGGGGCAAACACAAAAUGGAUAUCAGCAACAUGGUUCCUGACAACAGUACAGACCAUCUAGAGACUUGGAAGGUAUACAAAAACUGCUGUCACCCAGUCAAAUUUUAAAAUAAUUAUUAUUUCAUAGUACAACGACCGUAUCUUGUUUUAUUUUAUUUUAGGUAAUGGAAAAGCAAGUGGACUGCGGUCGAGCAAAGGCGAUCGGUCUAUCAAAUUUUAAUGCAAAACAAAUCCAGAGGGUAUUGGACAAUUGUCGGAUCAAACCGGACAAUCUACAAGUGGAAAACCACCUGUACCUUCAACAGCCCGAACUUUUGAAAUUUUGCAAUGAAAACGGUAUUGUUGUAACGUCAUACUCGACUUUGGGCACGAAAAGCGGUAGAAAAUUACUAGGAGUGAGAUGGAGGUAAUACAUUAUAGAAAUAAUCAAGUUUUCAAUGAAUGACGAUUGAUAGAUUCGUUUUCGAUUCUGUAAUAACUAACAUAAAAAGUAGGUUUUCAGAAAUACGUAAUCACGUAUUGUCUGUUAACAGACAAGAACUUCCCGAAAUGUUGGAAAAUGAAGUGGUGUUGAAAAUUGCGGAAAAACACAAUAAGACACCAGGCCAGGUUCUGUUGCGAUUCAUGGUCCAGAGAGACAUCGCGGUCAUACCGAAGAGUACGAAUUUCCAACGGAUAUCAGACAACAUGCAGGUAAAUCUUGGUUUCUAUAAAAACAAAAUCAAACAUUUACAAACUUUCGUUCAAUUUAUGGUCAUAUAUUGCAGAUUUUCAAUUUCGACUUAGACAAGGACGACAUGGAAACGCUGAAAGCCCAAGACGCGGACGAAGGAGGACGCAUCAUACUUCUCACUGUCUUUCCGGGGUGAGUUGGACAUUAUUUCAUGUAUAUAUUAUAAUAGUCAGGUCACUAGAGGUCUCGAUUUAAUACGUGAAUUAUUACGUAAACACGUUCUCCGUGAUCUCGUUAAUGAAAAAUUCCUAUUCGUGUAUAAUUAAUACACGUGAAUUUGAUAGUUACCACUCGUGAAGUUAGCCCUGUCAUUAGAAAUAAUAUAAAAUAAUUUAGUUUUUGUUGUACAGUUAAUUUGAAAUCUCUGGAACAAAGUGGGAGGUGGGGCAUCUUCACGAACGUCCUAGGUAUUAGAAUGUGAACAAAAAUAGGGGAUCACCGACCUUUAAAUACUGCCAAUAUCGAGUCGAUAAACUGAUUAAUAUUAUUUACUAAUAUUAUACGUUAGAAAUUCGGUAUACUUUUUUAUACUGUAUUUUUACGGACUGUAGAAAUCCAGAAAAAAUAAACGUACAAACCGUAUUGUUGUGGACCGUAUAUUUCCGUAAUUUCAAAAUAUUCAUACCGUCUUAUCACGGACUUUAGAAAUCCGGAAAGUAACCAAAUGUGUUUUCGCGGACCGUAUUUUUCCGGAAAAAUAUAUACGUCCAGUGUAUAGAAAUCCGGAUUUAUACAGAUUAUAAGAUUAUAAAUCAAUUUUAUUACAUAAUUUUUUUUUUUUUGAAAAUUAAUAAACACUCGUUAUUAAAAAAUAUUCUUAACUGUUAGAAAUUACCGAAUUUUCAUUUUUCAGGGCCGCGGAUCAUCCAGAAUAUCCGUUUUCGAAGGAGGUUUGAAAUUCAAUUUGGCAACAAAAAAAUAUUUUAUAUAUUUUGCGAAUUAUUACGAUUAUCAUGAUUUGCUACACCUAUCUGGAUACUUAUCUGCUAUAAUUGAAAAAUAAUAAAAAUUCACUUUUUUCCCCCAAUAAAAUGUACACUCUGAGAGGAAAAUAUCACCGUCACAUUAUCUACACAAUAUAACACAAUUUCCAAGGGUAAUAUCUCUCACCUUAGCAAGAUACUAAAUACGUCACUAUGCAUGGGUACAGGGAAUGUGUAGGCAGUAGGUAUUAACGAU